CUGGUCAUCCACUGUAGGCUCCGCCCAUGUCCCAUUCGCUGAUUGGAUGGGGUCGGCUUGCUCAGCCUGCCCGUGGCCGGAAGGAAGGCGGCGGUGAUUCCAUUCUUGAAAAGGCCCUGGGGAAGACUCCGCCGGGGUGGUGGCCUGCCGGAAGGAAAAUGAGUGAAUCUCUGGUGGUUUGUGAUGUUGCUGAAGAUCUAGUGGAGAAACUGAGAAAGUUUCGUUUUCGCAAAGAAACUAACAAUGCUGCUAUUAUAAUGAAAAUUGAUAAGGAUAAACGUCUGGUAGUACUGGAUGAAGAACAUGAGGGUAUUUCACCGGAUGAGCUAAAAGAUGAAUUACCUGAACGACAACCUCGCUUCAUUGUUUAUAGUUAUAAAUAUCAGCAUGAUGAUGGAAGAGUUUCAUAUCCUCUGUGCUUUAUUUUCUCAAGUCCUGUUGGAUGUAAGCCUGAACAACAGAUGAUGUAUGCUGGGAGUAAAAAUAAGCUUGUUCAAACAGCUGAACUAACCAAGGUAUUUGAAAUAAGAAAUACAGAAGACCUAACUGAAGAAUGGUUAUGUGAGAAACUUGGAUUUUUCCACUAAAGUGAACAUCUUAUUACUCUUGAGUAUUUAUGUACUAACCUGACCAUACUGGAACUAGACAUAAAUACUUAUUUAUGCCUAAAAAAUGCACUGUUAUUUACAAUUUUGUUUCCUGCAGUAAAUAAAAAAAAUCUUCAGUUGUGCAAAGUGUGUACAAACGAAGAGGUUCUUAUAGUAAUGAAAAUUUAAAGGUGUUUCCUCAUAUUUGUAAUUGUUUAGUGGAAUAUUCUGCAGGGAAUUUUUGCACUCUUGUGACUAAUUUCUAUAACUUCUGGUUCAGAAUUUGUUACUAUUUUCAGACACCAUUGGGAAAUGGGUAUUUUGCUUGUAAUGAGCAACAGUUGCUUCCUUUUGACAAAUACUGCAUAUUAGCAUAGCACUUGUCAGAUAUGUGAAAUACAUUUAAAGGCUUGAAAGAACCAAAUUUGAGCCUAUAAAUAAUAUGACUUUAGAGUAUCAUGUAUUCGAAGUCCUUUUUUAAAAUUAUUAAUUCUGGAACUUCUUUAGUUUUAGUUUACUAAAUUUUUCUUCCAUUUCUUUAAUAUUCAUAAUUGUCAAACAGUAGUAAGUCCUAUGGAAUUAUACUUAAGGACAAAGUUCUGACUCUUUGGAAGUAGCAUCUUAGUCUUCUAAAUUACUUUGAUUACUAGUUAUAUUAUUUCCAAAUUUCUUGAAGCAUAUGUUUAACAUUAUUUUGUUUAUAACUUGAAUAUUUCCUGAUGUCAUAAGAGUAUUAGUCAUUUUAAACCUAUUAAUACUGUGCCUUUGAUUUGUUAGCUUUAAAAUUAUCUUGAGCAUUUUACACUGCCAGUAAUCCAGAUUUGGUGAAAUUAAUACUUUUGUAAAAGGUCCAAGUAAAAUGUUUUAUAGUGUCUAAUUCUAUAACUGAAAUUUCUAAUAAAACCAGUUUCAUUUCUGUAAAUUCCCACCAUUUCCUCUCAUUAGUGAAUACUUGGCAGUUGAAAGUUAGGAUUUUAUAUGUGUCUUUGAUUUAAAUUUGUAACAUUAGGAAGAAGUACUGAUCUUAAACCAUGGUCGUAGUCAACAAAAAUAAUAUAUGUCAAUCAAAUUCAUAUUGAUGCUAUGAUAUUUUAGAUAUCUGUUAGAAUGACAUUCUAUGCUAAAUGAAUACUUGAAUAAUCAUGAGUCUUCAUACAUGUUAUGAACAUAAAUCAAAUAUUCCUAUUAUGAAAGAUACUUUAAAGUGUCUUUUUAAAAAUGUUUACUUAAAAACCUUUAAAAGUAAGCAUUUUAAAAGACUUGCCAAUACAUUGUUAAUCACUUAUACAACAACCAAGUUAAAUGAUUUCUUCUUAUAUCUUAGUCAUCUUCUGAAAGCAUUUUUGAAAUGGAUUCUAUUUAAUUCAUAAUUUCUGUGUCUGUCUUUUCAAACAUAUGUGCCAACUGAAUUUAGACUUAUUGAGAUUUUCUAAUAUUACUGAAUGAGAAUCUUUCAUAACCUGAAAAUUUUACCAUGUGUCUUCUUUUAUAAGAAAGCAGGAAAUUAAAGGAAACAGAAAAUAAGACAUGGAAAAGAGAGAAGAGUUUUGUUAGAGUUAAGAAUAGAAAGGAUUAUUUCUUCCAGAUAAAAUAUUACUUCUGCAUUUAAGAAUUUCACAAACUUUUAUUUAAAUACACAAUUUCUGGUCUGGGAAUCUUUAACAAUAAAUGUCACUUAAAUUCAUAGGAUCAUAGAUUUAGGGCUAGAAACAAUCUUAGAGGCCAUCUAGUCCAGUAUCCUCAUUUACAGAUGAAUAACCUGAAGCUGGGAGAGGUUCAGUGACUCAAGUCACACCCUGAUUCUGGAAUUCCACAAUCAGUGAAUUUUACCCACUAUGCUAAUUUAAUGUAGGCACAGUUUUAACUGAAGAAGUAAUAUUCUCAGGUCACAGCCUUAAAAGGAAAUAAUGUUGUCAAAGAACAUUUGAUAUGCUGUGAUCUUAAAAUAUAGGAAAUUUUUGUCUUCUAUACUGAGAUCCUUUAUACUUGUUGACCUACCAUCAGUGAAGUCAUUGCUUUGAUUGUUUUUCUAGUUGUGGUAGUGGGUUGUGAUAAGCAAUCCAGAUUAUUAAGCCUGAAUUUUCUAUUUAUGACCAGUGGCAUACAUAUAUUUAAAGGCAGCUAAUUAUAGUAUUGAGUUCAAAGGAAGUGGUGAUUUUUCCCUUCUAUAAAAUUAACUUUCUUAAAUGGGCAUUAAAUCUGUAACCUUGGUCUCCUUAGCACUUAACAUCAGAAGUAAAAUGUUCUCUGACUUUUGACCAGACUCCCCUUUCUCUCUUUGUUUUAUCUUGUAGUUUGUUUGUUUGUUUGUUUAUUUGUUUUUCAGAAAUAGAAUUAGCCCCAAAGGAAAUAACAUAAAACUUUGGUCCUUAUAGAUUUGCAAGUCUGUCAAACUUUUAAGGAACAGUUAAUGCCUAUGCUGCACACAUUUUUCUCAAAAUAUAAAAAUGAAGGCACUCUUUAGUUUGAAUACAUUUUAGAACUCUUUUAAAAUAAUUUUCAUAGUACUUUCACAGGAUUGUUGAAAGGAUCAAAUGAGAUAAUAUGUAUGAAAAAAUUUGUGGACCUUAAGGCCCUAUAUAAAUCUCAGCUAUUAUCAUCAUUAAAUUUCCUUUGUGACAGUGUCUUCAUUCCUCUUUUUUUCAUCCUCAAAGUCGUACCACAGACUUGUUACUCCAUUUAUUACAUUCCAUUUUUAAAUGUUUCCCACCUUCCUAAUACAAAAUUCUCUCAUCUGAUCCAUAAUCUAACGUUUACAUUUAAUAGUUCUUAAUUCUUCCCUCAUUUGGUAGCGCUUUCAGACCUUGACUAUUGGGAAGGUGAAUGUAGAUCACACUUUCUCAUAGGCAUGACGUUGGUGACUUGCCAUCCAAAUUAGCAUUCAUUUUGAAAUAGUUGACUUUAAUUUUUGUAUUAUUACAGUACAUUUUGUCAAUAUAGGAUACAUUAAUUAUCCCCUUCUAUAUUUAGCCUAUGUGGGAAAUACAUGUACAUUUGAAGAUUAUACAGUUAUUACAUAGGUACUUAAUAAAUGAUUGGUGAUCAAUUGAUACUGUGUGGUAUUGUCAAAAUGUCCUCCCAGGAUUGGGUAGCAUUCUUUUUCCAGUACUGAAGAAAAUCUGGGAAAGAGGCUAUUAGCAAUUUAUUAUAUUCAGUUUUAGAUUUUAUUUUAAAGCAUCAGUUUUAUUUUUUUCUGGAAAUGUCUACUACAUGCCUAAUACAAUUAAGUACUCUCUUAUAUUUAAGCAAAUGUUAAUGCAAUUACAAAUAUUUUUAUAGUAACAUUAGUAGCCUUUGUAGCAAAAGAUCUCAAACACUUUCCCCCCUAAUAUAAACUCCUAUUUUCAGGAGUCAGGCAGCCAUAAAAAGUUGGUGUGCUCAGGUCUGAACCUUGAAUAAAAUUUCCGGUAUUGGGAGUUCAUGACAAAGUUUGAUUUUUGCUACUUAAAAAUUUAUUGAAUAAAUAAAGUUUGUGGGAUUUUUUUAAGCUCUUAUAAUAAAAAUGGCUAGAUUAAAUUUCACUCAUAAACCUAAUCAUAAAUCGUUAAUUAACCCAUAAAGUUGGACUAGUGAUUUUGGAUAUUUUCAUAAAAGUUUAAAUGCUAAUACUUGGUAGAAAUAGAAUAAUCCAUAUUUUGUAAUUACUCUUUGAAUAUUGUGCUUUUUCCUCUGUUGAUUCAAUAGGUUAAGUUGACCACAUUGAAAUCUGGGAUUUAAGCCUGUAUAUUUUAUCAUGUGAAGGUCAAUCUCAAAGUCCUCUGGUCAAAUUUGAUUUUAUAUUUGAGGGGAAAGAAAUUAAUCUUUUCUCUACUAACAAAAGAUCCCAGGUACUUAAGCAAGAAAUAUUGAUUGUUUCCUCUUAUACCUUCCUACACAUCAAAAUAAUUAGAUAGCUACACUAUUUAGAUUUAAUGGAAUGAAUUAAAUUUUCAUUUAAUCUGCAAAUUGCCAUACCCACUAAGAUUACUUGAACAAAUAUUUUGAUAACUCUUGACAUGCCAGGGCAGGCUUCCAAUGAUAGAAGUGCUCUAAUACAACCUUAUUUCAUUAAGGAACCUUGAAACAUUAAGCUCAGUUUCAUGUAUCUUAACAGUUUCAUGUAGUUGUGUAACAGUUACAAUUGGCUCCUUCCCUUGUGUCAGUCUUUGUUAUUUCAUACUGCAUGUUUAUUUUAAAUGGUCUCUAGCUAAGCAUGGUGCGUGUAUUGGUUUAAAUAAAAUGUUAACAUGAAA